AAUGAUAAAUCCCUUAGUAAAAAUAGAUUGGAUUGAACAAUUUCCUUAUGAAGAUGAUCAGAAUGCUUGGUAUUAAUAUAAUGGAUUCUUGUUUGUUUUGGAUUCUAUGGUUUUAUGUAUAUUGGAUUAGGGUUAAAAUUUACAUACGAAAGAGAAAAAAAAAUAAUAUUGUAAAUUGUCUUUGGAAGAAAAUUAGAAGAUAAUGAGAAUUUGA